AUGAUUAUCCCACGCUUCGCGACCGGCCACUCCGAACCGGAAUACAACCAAAACUCCCCCUUCGAGCUAGAGAUCCUAAAUGGAACGGGCAUCCAGGAUGAAAUGUACGUCCUCCAAGCCGUCUGCCGCUCAUGCCGCGUCUGGCCCGGCGGCUUCAUCGACAUCUCAUCUACCGCCCAACCCAUGAUCUUUGCCUUCGGCCCUGGCACGUCAAAGCAGUCCGACGACCUCAACGCACCGCUCCGCCGCCAUGUCCGCUACGGCCAAUUCACCAUGGACAUGGUCGCCGCAACCAGCUCCAACGCCACGGUCCCUCAACCCACCGCCCAGCUGAAAGGCGCCGUCAUACAGGGGAUGGUGAAAGACCGCGACAGCAAAGACCUCGCGCACGCCAUCCUCGGCUGCAUCGCCCUCUUCGUCCUCUGGCCCCUCAACGUCGUCUUCGCAGGCUUCUUCCGCAAUAUAAAAAUCCACGUCGGGACUUCCAUCACUAUACUCAUCUUCCUCGUGAUUUCGUACGCUCUGGGCAUCGCCACGAGUCCGCAGUACAACCGCGUACGUCCCCCUUCCUUUCCCCCUAUCAAACUUAAUACUAAUAUGUGCUGUGCUGUGUACAGUCCAAAACCUACACCUCCCCACCAACUCCUCGCCUUCAUCUCCCUACUCCCCACCCUCCUCAUGGCCCUCCUCCCCACGCGCUUCUUCGCCAAUCUCCGCGCCUGGAUUCCAAAACUCCACUCCCCGCUUACAACACUCACCUUUCUCCUACUCGUUCUAACAGGCGGUCUGGGCCUGCACCUCGCCAUGACGCCCACACCCUUAUCAUGGCCUACAUCGCCAUCGCGCUGCUCGUCUCCGCUUUCGUAA